AGGUACUGAGAAAGCACGCGCUCGUCUGCGAUCUCAGCAGACAGUGGUACUACACUUCACCAUAGCCAUCUGAAUAUUGGCGUUUGAAACGUCUAAGAAACUUCCGAAAGGAAAACGUCAAAAGCGCGGGACAACGAAAGGCGUGAUGGGCAAAUAGUUAUCGCAUUCGGUGAUCUGAACUUCGCUCUUUGAGAGGCAACGCCAAGGUAUGUCGGACUCUCAGCGACUCAUAGCAUAUAUUGACAAACAAAGGUCAGCGCUUUCGAAAAUACUCGGUCAGAAGGCUUUGGUAAUCUGUGUAGAGGAUGACGCCCCGGCAGUAAAUGAAAUUGAUUAUGAUCACCUUGUUCCUACCUCUGUGUUCCCGGUGUGCGAUAUGCCGCACAAGGAAGGUUAUGCUCACCCGAUACAUCCACAGAAAAGAUUGCAUCCCGUUUCAUGCAGGCGCUGGCCAUAUCCCAUUUGAACGAUGCCACAACACCCGAUCCCUCCACAGCACUCGCCACAUCCGCGCCACGGCCAAGUUACGAGAAAUCAACAACAAGGAUGACACCAAGCAUUGGGCUACUCUCGUGAUCUUUGUCACAGUACUCCAAAGGCAAUUGACUGUGACACUUGCAAUGAUGAAGAAUUACAGUUGCAUCGCAAGCCUUGCUGCAAAUAACCUAUCCGAAGCCAAUUUCUCAACCUUAUUAAAAUAAUGGCAAGAACCGUGUAUUGGUAAGUUACGCAAAAAUAUAGUUUAGACUCCGCAUCUUUACAAACAGGCAAUUUCGGUAACUCUUUUUCAUCCUGUUUCUUUCAAAAAAUGUCAAAUCAAAUGAGGCACUCUAUAGAACAUUAUAUAACGAUGAACAAGCUAUUAUUUAUCUACAAAAUCAUUAUAUUAUCAAGCAGUUUAUGUGCCCCAUUUGUAAAAACAAUUAUCCAUUGGAAAAUAUUAUGAACGACACAGAUACUUCUGUU